AUGCUAACUACUUUACAAGAGCCACAAACCUAUGAAGAGGCUAUAGUUGAUCCAAAUUGGCAGAAUGCUAUGCAAAAAGAGUUUGAUGCUCUUGAAGCAAAUAAAAUUUGGGAACUGGUUACUUUACCUAAAGGAAAUAAAUCUAUUAGCCGCAAAUGGGUUUAUAAGUUGAAAUAUAAGGCAGAUGGGAGCAUUGAAAAGCAUAAAGACAGGCUAAUAGUGAAGGGCUUGACUCAGAAAAAUGGAGUGGAUUAUUCUAAAAUAUUCUCUCCUAUUACGAAAAUGACAACAGUGAGGAGCUUGAUUGCAAUGGUUAUAAAGAGAGGUUGGAAACUGAUAGGGAUGCAAGUAUACAUGCCAACUGCAUAA